ACUAAUCCUACCUGCGCGUCUCCGGCUGGAUCUUGCCUUCACGCCGCCCCGCGGCGGCUCUGCUGCCGCCGCCGCCAUUAUCAUCGCCCGCCCCGCCUGACCUCUCACACCCGCCGCGGCGCCGGGGGAGGCGGAGCCGGAGGCUGCGCACACGGGGCUCGAUCCGGAGCGGCCGCACGUUAGCUUUUCAGUGUCAGAAGAACAAAGUCAGGAUAUGACGGCAACUGAGGAACUUCAAGCCAUUAUACAAAGAUGCCAAAUCCUAGAAGAAGAAGAUUUCAAAGGAGAAGAUUUUAAUCUUUUUCAAGUAGCAGGCCAGAAGUGCUUAGAAGAAGGUUAUGCAGCAGAAGUAUUAGAAGUAAUUCAAAAUGAGAAAAAUAAGGUUAUUGUCAAGAGUAUGGGUUGGAAUCUUGUUUGUCCUCUUGUUAGAUGUAUUUUGAGUUAUAAGCAGGAAGAUGAGAAGAGAGAACAUUGUCUGAAAAUACUAGAUCAGUUGGUGCAGCUAUGUAAUCCAAAGGAACUUUUAUUGGGUUUACUUGAGCAGAUUGAGCAGACCUCUGGGGAACACAUAUCCCAUACUAUUCUGCUCUUGCUUCAGCCUCUGCAGACAGUUCUACUGAAACUUCAUAGCAAGAAGUCAUACUCAGUGGGUUUAUCUUUGUCUACCAUUUUAAACCAACUUUCUCUCCUGCCCGUACCUUACACAAAAGAACAAAUACGAGAAGAUAAACUUGGCCUCUGCCGGUGUUGCAAUGCAGUAGUGGAUUUUGCUAAACCUUUUGUGGAUGAAGUUGUUAAAAAUAUGGAAGCCUCAACAGAAAAUGAUGACGAAGACCUCAAAGAAGAAUUGCUAAAAUUUUGUUUGAAAAGCUUGAAAUACCCCUUAUUAAUAGCACAGCUUGAUCAGCUGCAUGAAGACAUUGAAGAAGAUCCCUUAAGGCAUUUUGCAGCUGAAAUUCUAGGCAUUUUAUUGGAUAUAAGAGAAUUGUUACCAACAUUGUUUUCACACCGUGGAAGCAGAAAUCAGAGCUGGGAUAAUCCAGAUUUUUUGGAUGUAGAUAGAAAGCAUUCUGCAGAUUCUUUGGCAUGUCUGUCAUAUCUGGUGUUUGUUCAGUAUUUUGGUAUUGAUUGUUUUCCAAUGGUCUUUAGUCCAUCAUAUCUUCUACAGUGCAACAUGACACACAUUGAGGUCCUAUUAAAAAGGACAGAAGAAUCUGUGUUAACUAAAGGACUUGACCUGCUUGAAAACUGUUUAUUGAGAAUGGGUGAUAAUAGCCUUCACCAUCAGUAUUUGGAAUUCAAAGGCUUCAUUACAGCACCUCAGGGUUUGGUGAAAGUGAUGACCCUUUGUCCUAUAGAGCAUUUGCGAAAGAAGAGUUUGAAGAUAUUGCAGUUGUAUAUAGACAAAUUUGAUGCAGAGGGAAAAUAUAUUUUGUUCAGGUGUUUACUGAAGACAAGCAACCACGCUGGCGUAGAAGGCUAUGUUAUUCAAAAUAUCAAAAAUCAGAUUGAUUUAUCAUUAAAGAAAGCAAAUGACAGUAAGUGGUUUACUGGACCCCAGCUGGUUUCACUUCUAGAUUUAGUGCUCUUGCUUCCUGAAGGGGCUGAAACAGAUCUUCUCCAAAACUCAGAUAGGAUUAUGGCCUCACUAAAUCUAUUGAGAUAUUUAGUCAUUAAGGAUAACGAAUACGACAAUCAAACUGGUAUAUGGACUGAACUUAGCAAGAUUGAGCAAAAUUUCUUAAGUCCUUUGCACACAGGACUUAAUAUGUCAAAAGCACAUUAUGAAGCAGAAAUAAAGAGUAAAAAGGAAAAUAGACGAGAAUCUUACAAUUCUAAAGCAGUUUGUUCUGUAACAGUUGCUGGGGAAAAGAUGCCUAACAUGACCACUGAAAUGCAACUUCAGGUUCUACAUUCAGCUCUUUUCACAUUUGAUUUAAUAGAAAGUGUUCUGGCCCGAGUAGAAGAACUCAUCGAAGUGAAAAUAAAAACCAUAACAUAACAUAAAUAUUGGCGGUCAAAUGAAGCACUUGAUGUCCUAAAUCCAGUGGGUUUUUAAUGCUUGCAAUACAUUAAGACGUUAGUCAUUAUGACUUUACUUGAAAGAGACAUUAUGAAGCUUUAAACAAGUCUGUUGAAGAAUUAUUUAUAAAAGGCUGUUAGAAUACUUGCAACUGAUGUUCUUUACAUGUCUUUACUGUAGAAUCUGAUUAAUGGAAAUAGACAAUGUACUAAUUUCAACAAAAUAUCCCAAGUUACCCUCUCAUUGAGUUUGCAGCAGUUUUGCUAGAGUUGGAAAUUUCAUCUGCUUGGCAUAAGAUAAUUAUAUUUUAUUAACCUUUGGAGAUGAGAGGAUGUUUUUGGUGUGUAGAAAUAGCCUUAUGUUUGCAUUACCUAGAACCCAAUAAUAAUGUUUGGAAAGUUUUGAGAUCCGCAGAUGUGUAAAUACUAGUUAUUAUUACUGCAAUUAAUAUUGCCAACCAUACUUCUAGAUUAAUAAAGACUGACUGUGAAUCAGGACUGUCCAUACUGGAGAUCUGAGCAUAGGGAUUUGAGGACAAGGGGAAGCCAUGCUUCAAAAACAAGAUAAGUUUAGAACUUUCCACAGUGAAAGGUAAUAUACAUAAACAAGACAGGAAGCAUAUUUUUUGUAAAGAGAAACAAGAAUACAAUUCAGUGCAAAAGUUGUUAAUGCAUAAUAUGGUCUAAAAUAUAUGGAACUUGGGGGAA